GAUCGCGGGGGAGGGGUGACCAUAACUUUUUUUUCGCCUUGAGAGCGAGUCGAGAGAUUCUUGCGUGCAAAUGUCUUCCUUUGGGAGACACGACACCGAGAAACCCAACAUUUCCCCCCCCUGCAAAUCGUCUUCCGGGACGGCAAGCAAGCUAGAAACAGAGAAACCGAAAAUGGGUCUUCAAUCGCCUCUGCGGAUCCUCCUCAUCGGCAAUGGCGGCCGAGAACACGCAAUCGCGUGGAAGCUGAGCCAGUCGCCGCUGGUCGAGUCCAUCAUUGCUGUACCGGGCAAUGGCGGUACUGCGACCUGCCCCAAGACUACCAACAACAGCUCUGUCUCGGCCGAGGACUUCCCGGGUCUCCUGAAGCUUGCUCGUGAGCAGAAUGUCAACUUUGUCGUUCCCGGACCGGAGGCGCCCCUUGUGGCUGGCGCCGUCGACUUCUUCAAGCAGGCUGGCAUUGACAGCUUCGGGCCUUCGAAGGCGGCUGCCCAGAUGGAGGGCAGCAAGACCAUGUCCAAGGACUUCAUGAAAAAGUACAACAUCCCCACGGCCGCCUACGAGAACUUUACCGACUACGAGAAGGCUCGCCAGUACCUCGACAGUGUCAGCCACAACGUCGUCAUCAAGGCCAGCGGCCUGGCUGCUGGCAAGGGUGUCAUCAUCCCCGAGACGAAAGAGGAGGCCCAAAAGGCUCUCGAGAGCAUCAUGGUUGGUAAGGAGUUUGGGUCCGCCGGGGACGAGGUGGUCAUUGAAGAGUUCCUCAAUGGCGAUGAGCUCAGCAUCCUCACCUUCUGCGACGGUUACAGCUUCAAGUCACUGCCUCCAGCGCAGGACCACAAGAGAAUCGGCGAGGGAGACACCGGUCUCAACACUGGAGGCAUGGGAUGCUAUGCGCCGACCAACAUUGCGACUCCCGAGCUCAUCGCCAUGGUCGACCGUGAUAUUAUCGGCCCUACUUUUGCCGGCUUCCGCAAAGAGGGUAUGCCGUUCAAGGGUGUCCUUUUUACAGGUCUCAUGAUCACCUCGGAAGGACCCAAGGUUCUCGAAUACAACGUGCGUUGCGGCGACCCCGAGACACAGACCGUCCUGCCCCUGCUUUCAAAGGACACUGAUCUUGCCAAGAUCAUGGUUGCUUGCAGCGAGGGAUACCUCGACUCCAUCCCCAUCACUGUAGACAACAAGUUCAGUGCAACUGUCGUGGCCUCGGCUGGUGGCUAUCCCGAGUCGUACGCCAAGGGCGACGAGAUGACUGUUGCGAACCCCCCGGAGGGCAUCAACAUCUUUCACGCUGGAACCAAGCUCGCUGACGGCAAACUCGUGACCGCCGGCGGUCGCGUGAUUGCUGCGAGCGCGACUGCCGAGGGCAGCCUGAGAGCUGCAGUGGACAAGGCCUAUGAGGGUAUCAACCUCAUCCAAUUCAAGGGCAUGUACUACAGGAAAGACAUUGCACACCGCGCGUUCCGGCCCACCAAGGCUACCAAGGAGGCCCUGACGUACGCUCAGGCUGGUGUCAGCAUUGAUGCUGGCAACCAGCUCGUUGAGCGUAUCAGAAAGGCUGUCCGCUCGACAGCCCGUGCCGGUGCGGAUGCCGAGAUCGGUGGCUUUGGCGGAGAGGUCGACCUUUCCAAGGCUGGCUACGCCUCCGACGCCCCCAUCAUGGUCGGCGCCAUCGAUGGUGUCGGCACCAAGCUCAUGAUUGCCCAGGCGACCAACAACCACACGACCGUCGGCAUUGAUCUUGUCGCCAUGAACGUCAACGACCUGGUCGUUCAGGGUGCCGAACCUGUCAUGUUCCUCGACUACUUUGGGUGCAGCAAGCUCAACCCCGAGACGGCCGCCGCUUUUGUGGAGAGCGUCUCUGCCGGUUGCCGCGACGCUGGCUGCGCUCUUGUCGGUGGCGAGACGGCCGAGAUGCCGGGCAUGUACAAGGAGGACGAUUACGAUGCCGCCGGCGCCGCGAUCGGCGUCAUGAUCCCCAGCAACCGCCUGCCAAAGCACGAUGUCAUGACUGAGGGCGACGUCCUGCUGGGCCUGGCCUCGUCUGGCGUGCACUCGAACGGCUUCUCUCUGGUCCGCCGCAUCCUGGCGCGCGAGCAGCUCGACUACGCCAGCACCGCGCCCUGGGACACUUCCAAGACAGUCGGCGACUCCCUGCUCACCCCGACACGCAUCUACGUCAAGUCCAUCCUCAAGAACCUUGCCGAUCUCAAGGGUCUCGCACACAUCACUGGCGGCGGCCUGAGCGAGAACGUGCCGCGGAUGCUGCCCGACCGCCUGGCGGCCGAGAUUGACAUUGCGUCCUGGCAGCUCCCGCCCGUGUUCAAGUGGCUCAAGACUGCCGGCAACGUGCAGCCCAGCGAGCUCGCGCGGACGUUCAACACAGGCGUCGGCAUGAUUGCCGUCGUGGCGGCCGCCGACGCCCAGAAGGUGGCGGACCAGUUCGUGGCGGCCGGCGAGACCGUGUACACGAUAGGCAAGCUGAUCCCGCGGGCGGCGGGCAGUGAGGGCUGUGUUCUCAAGAACCUGGAGUCGUGGAAUUAAAAAUAAAAAUAAAAACCCUGCAGCGAUGUCCGUGGGGGAUGUGUAGAAAACACUUUGGAUUUGCUUAGGACUCAGGAAACGGUCUGGGAGUGGAAAGGAUAGAAAGUCAAUUGGUAAAAAAGGAUGCGGGCAAAGGAGUUGUUUGUGCUUUUCGUUUUCUUAUCGCAUAAGAACAAAUUCCAAAAGAUACCAUCGUGUUUUGAGCAAG